AUGAGAAUUGUGAAUGGAUGUUGGAAGCAUCUAGAUAUAAAAAAAACAGAUGUUUUUAUCAUCAGGAGAUUUAAUCCAGAACAUUCAUGUCGUUUGAGUGAUAGGAUUCUGAAGAAUAUUAUGGCAACUACUGCUUUUGUGUGUGAAUUCGCGGCUCCUAAAUUAGUUAACUAUAAAAGAAAGUACACAUCGAGAGACAUCAUGGAAGAAAUAAAAGUUGUAUAUGGUGUUAAUAUAAACUAUAUGAAGUCAUGGUGUACAAAGGAGCGCGCCAUAGCGAUGCUUAGAGGCAGUCCAGCUGAUGGACCCGUUGUAGUUGUUGAUGGUGUGCGUUUAAGUGGACCAUAUCAAGGGACUUUCCUAUCAGCAAGUACACUCGACGGUGCAGGAUGUAUUUUACCGCUUGCGUACGGAAUUGUGGAUAUGGAAAAUGACAGCUCAUGGUCAUGGUUUUUCAACCAAUUCAAAGCUGCUUUUGAAAAAUGUGACAACAUUUACUUUCGGAAAAGCAAAAAAAGUAUUAGUGAUUUGUAUUAUUCAAUGGCCAAGGCUUAUCGAAAAGAGGAUUUUGACUACCUAAUUUCAAAGAUUGAAAAAAAUGAUUCGAGAGUGAAAAAAUAUCUACAAGAAGCUGGAUAUGAAAAGUUGAGUAGGUGUCAUUCACCGAUAAACAGAGGACGGAUGAUGACUUCGAAUAUUGCUGAGUGUAUUAAUGGGUGUUUGGUGGAGGCCAGAAAAUUGCCAAUAUAUGAAUUCUUAGAAGAGGUGCGAAUUUUAUUUGGAUCUUGGAACUAUAAAAAUAGUGAGAUAGCUUCAUAUACAAGUACUACGUUGGGUCAUAGAUUUGAUGAAAUCUUAACUCUCAAUGGUAUGAAAGCGUUGAGGAUGACGGUUAAGGCGUCCUCACCGUAUAUAUAUUCAGUUUAUGAAUCUGGACGAAGAUACAUUAUCGACCUUGAAAGUGAGUCAUGCAACUGUGAGAGGUUCCAAAUAGAACAAAUACCUUGUGCUCACACUAUUGCCAUAUUAAAGUCUAAGCAUGUAAAGGAAUUUGGUCCAUAUUGUUCUGAAUACUACAAACUAGCUACUUUGGUGAAGACUUAUGAAGUUCCAAUCAUUCCGAUGCCAGAUAGGACAGACUGGAAUGUUCCUAAUAGUGUAGCUGAGGAAGAAGUGUUGCCUUCAAUAUUCAAAAGACUUCCAGGAAGGUCGAAGAAAGGGCGGAAGAAAAAAUCUUGCAAAACACUUUCAUCAAGCAUAAAAUAUUGCGGACGUUAUGGACAUGAAGGAUACAAUAGGCGUUCCUGCAAUUUCUUCCCAAAAUGA